AAACGGUGCCUAGUAGACGUGCGCUAAUCAUGUUCGGAACUGGAUUGAACAUGACAUCGUUCUUUUGAGUGUCGGAACUAGUUCCAGUAAACAUGUUCGCGGAACUGUUUAGUUUCACGAACAUGUUAAGUCUAGUAGCUGUUUGUAGUUUGUAGCUGUUUAGUUCCGCGGACAUAUUAAGUCUAGUAGCUGUUUGAAGCUGUUUAGUUCCGCGGACAUGUUAAGUCUAGUAGCUGUUUGUAGUGUAGCGAAUCACGUAUUAAGUUAUUAUUAAUUACACAAUAUUUUUCAAAAAAGGUAUUAAAAAUACAAUUUUUUAAAAGCACUAUAUAAAAAUAGAUUGCCGCUUAUGGCAAUUAUUAUUGUAAUUAUUAUUUUGUAAGGUUUUUAGUUUUAGGUUCAUUGUUACAGCUGGUUGCAUAAUUUAUUAAUGUACUGUAAUUACUUUGUCAUAAUUUCAACUACUCUACUACUUUCAUUAUUUUUCAAUGUAGGUAUUGUACGAUGCACCGAAAACUAUAACCUAUCAGUUGUUAAUUAAAAUACCACGUUAUUCUGAUAUACAACGUAAAUUGAGCUCGUUGUAGCCUUACAAACUUUUUCCCAUAACCGAGAUACCGAAUAGCGAAAGUGGUGAAUGUUUUAAAAUUCUCGAAUUUUGAAUUAUGAUUUUCUAAGAAAUGGUCUACAAACACUUAAGGUUAAGUGCUCGUAGGAAUGAUGCAUGGUCAAGGUCAAAAUCCAUAGCAAAACAUUUUAAUUUAUUCAACUAUCGACUGUAACACGUAGGUCGUAGAGCAUAACUUCAAUAUUAAUAAAAAUGUAAUAUGAAAGAGCUCCACACGCAGUUUCAUGCACUCGCUCCAUCUCACUCUCUCGUAUUCGUGCCAUAUGUCGCCUUAUCUCUUUACGUGGACUCGUGUCGGUUCGAGACUCGUUCGGGUGGACUCGCCGCGCCACGCCUCCGCGCCGCGCGGUACCUAUGCUCUAAUCAUGUCCGCAUGUCCGUCAUGUUCAACGCGUUCGUAGUUCCUGCAUAACAGUACACUUGGAAUGGAAAUGGAACUGUCUGAACAUGUUAAUUUUGACAACUCGGAUUGAAUGAUAUAGUUCCAUAUGAGGACAUAGUUCCAGGAACUAUUUAGGUCCGGAACUACGCAUGUCUAGUGCCUAGUGGAAGUUUCCGAUAAAUUUAAAGUUAAAGUUAAAUUUAAACCUAGGCGAAGAAGUUGUAAAUGAACACAAUCUUUGUUAUCACAUAUCUUUAUUGUGUUUUUAUGUUGUAUCUUAGAGGUGUUUAUUAAAAAUAUGUCUUCACAAACUGUUAUUAGAGUGAAGCGUAGAUUAGAAGAUAACCCUCACGAUGCUCUGGUUGUUACAUGUAAACGGCCGAAGACCGACCCUGAAUCAUGCCAAUCCUUGUUUGUAUUUCGAGCCACUAUCACCAAUCAGGAAACAGCUGAUAUCAAAGAUUUGGUGUCUCCAGCCGAUUUCAAACUGCAACCGAGACAUAAUGUCAAGGAUAUUGUUGAAAAGCUACGAAAAGACCAGAAGGCUUCUUCAAGCAAAAGUCGUUAUGAAAUAGUCAACUGUAACCGAAGCAUAGAAAAAGAUACGGAUAAUUUCAAUCUUGUAGACUUAAAAAAGACUGAUGAUGUUGAUGAUGGAAUUGAAUAUGCCUAUGACUUAUAUACAAUACCAAAACAAGACUUUGAUUUGUCUGUGAUUGACAGCUUUGCCAGCAUAGAAACAGACCUAAUACCUGGUACACAUGAUGAUGGUUGCGACACAACAUCUGGUGACGAAGUUGAUGACGAUGAUGAUUCUAAUGACGAAAACAACUGGAGAAACGAUUAUCCUGAUUCUGAAAAAAGUAGCAUUGAUGAAGAUGACAUAGUUCGGGCUAUGGAGCGUGUUGAUUUAGAAGACAACCUAUCAAGCGAUGAUGGUGAAGACAAAAUUUAUGACACUAAUGAUUAUGAAGAAAAUGUAAGAUUAUAUGGUACAGGAUAUGCCAAAUAUAAAGCUAAGAUUCUUGCUGAAAAUCCCGACCUUUCCAAUCGGAGCCUUAUCCACUCCGUCAAAAUGAAAGACAUUGAUGAAGAAUCAGUCGAAGGAUAUAAGGAUGAUAGCGAUGACGGUUUUUACUAUGGCCAGGAAGAUGACUCGCCGCAUCACAGAAAACAAUAUAAAGAUUCGUCUGAUGAAUAUAGCCCAGAUUGAUCUAAAAAAAAAUUGUUUAGUUUUAAUUGUAAUUCAAACAUAUGUUAAGAUACUGAAGUUAUACUUUUUUGAUGGUAAAUAGUAAUUAAGUCACAAAGCUAAGUACUGAUUGGUUGUAUGGAUGGAUGUGAUUAAGAUCUGUAGACAUGAGGAGAGCUCGAUUGGGCGAGAAGGAUACUCAUUUACAUAAAUGCAAUGGUACAUAUUUUUUUUCGAGAAAGCCUCAAUACUAUAUGUUGUGAAGAACCAUUGAGUUACAAGUAUCGAAGAUAUCCUUAGGGAGACUAGAAACUAGUCUUUAACAGUACCAGAAGGGUGUAACUCUUGUGUGUAGAUGUUUAUAGACACACUAAACUUGUGAUGUUUUUGAUACUCUUAAGCGUAUAGUGUAAUAACUUCAAUGUAAGAACUUGACUAUUUCAUAUCAUUAUACUGUAUAGAAACAUAUAAUUAAUCAUUUUUGAAUAAAGAUUAAAUCAUUUUUACAA